GUUGUACUUUUUGUACUGAACUGAUAGGUGGCCUAGUGGUUAUGCCCUGUACUACCAUUUUGAGGAUCUGGACUCCGUUCCUGCCUUGCUCUUUGGACCACAUUGUCAAUUCACACCGAAACUAUGUUCCAACUUCCUGUCAACAAUCUUGGCAGUUUAAGAAAAGCCCGGAAAACUGUGAAAAAAAUACUUAGUGACAUUGGGUUGGAAUACUGUAAAGAACACAUAGAAGAUUUUAAACAGUUUGAACCUAAUGACUUUUAUUUGAAAAACACUACAUGGGAGGAUGUAGGACUGUGGGACCCUUCACUUACAAAAAACCAGGACUAUCGGACAAAACCUUUUUGCUGCAGUGCUUGCCCAUUUUCUUCAAAAUUUUUCUCUGCCUACAAAAGUCAUUUCCGGAAUGUCCAUAGUGAAGACUUUGAAAAUAGGAUUCUCCUUAAUUGCCCCUACUGUACCUUCAAUGCAGACAAAAAGACUUUGGAAACACACAUUAAAAUAUUUCAUGCUCCAAACGCCAGCGCACCAAGUAGCAGCCUCAGCACUUUCAAAGAUAAAAGCAAAAGCGAUGGCCUUAAACCUAAGCAGGCUGACAGUGUAGAGCAAGCUGUUUAUUACUGUAAGAAGUGCACUUACCGAGAUCCUCUUUAUGAAAUAGUUAGGAAGCACAUUUACAGGGAACAUUUUCAGCAUGUGGCAGCACCUUACAUAGCAAAGGCAGGAGAAAAAUCACUCAAUGGUGCAGUCCCCUUAGGCACAAAUGCCCGGGAAGAAAGUAGUAUUCACUGCAAGCGAUGCCUUUUCAUGCCAAAGUCCUACGAAGCUUUGGUACAGCAUGUCAUUGAAGACCAUGAACGCAUAGGCUAUCAGGUCACUGCCAUGAUUGGGCACACAAAUGUGGUGGUUCCCCGAUCCAAACCCUUGAUGCUGAUUGCUCCCAAACCUCAAGACAAGAAGGGCAUGGGACUCCAAUCAAGAAUUGGUUCCCUCGCUUCUGGAAACGUCCGGUCUUUACCAUCACAGCAGAUGGUGAAUCGACUCUCAAUACCAAAGCCUAACUUAAAUUCUACAGGAGUCAACAUGAUGUCCAAUGUUCACCUACAGCAGAACAACUACGGAGUCAAAUCUGUAGGCCAGGGCUAUGGCGUUGGUCAGUCAAUGAGACUGGGUCUAGGUGGCAACGCACCAGUUUCCAUCCCUCAACAGUCUCAGUCUGUGAAGCAGUUACUUCCAAGUGGAAAUGGAAGAUCUUACGGACUUGGGUCAGAGCAGAGGACCCAGGCACCAGCAAGAUACUCGCUGCAGUCUCCAAAUGCUUCGUCUCUCUCAUCGGGCCAGUUAAAGUCUCCUUCCCUCGCCCAGUCACAGGCAUCCAGAGUAUUAGGUCAGUCCAGUUCCAAACCUACUGCAGCUGCCACUGGCCCUCCCCCACCCAAUACUUCCUCAACUCAGAAGUGGAAAAUAUGUACAAUCUGUAAUGAGCUUUUUCCUGAAAAUGUCUAUAGUGUGCACUUCGAAAAAGAACAUAAAGCUGAGAAAGUCCCAGCAGUAGCCAACUACAUUAUGAAAAUACACAAUUUUACUAGCAAAUGCCUCUACUGUAAUCGCUAUUUGCCCACAGACACUCUGCUCAACCACAUGUUAAUUCAUGGUCUGUCUUGUCCAUAUUGCCGUUCAACUUUCAAUGAUGUGGAAAAGAUGGCAGCACACAUGCGGAUGGUUCACAUUGACGAAGAGAUGGGACCUAAAACAGACUCUACUCUGAGUUUUGAUUUGACAUUGCAGCAGGGCAGUCACACUAACAUCCAUCUCCUUGUAACUACAUACAACCUGAGAGAUGCCCCUGCUGAAUCUGUUGCUUACCAUGCCCAGAAUAACCCUCCAGUCCCCCCAAAGCCUCAGCCAAAAGUUCAGGAAAAGGCAGAUGUUCCUGUUAAAAGUUCACCUCAAGCUGCAGUGCCCUAUAAAAAGGAUGUCGGGAAAACCCUUUGCCCUCUUUGCUUUUCAAUCCUAAAAGGACCCAUAUCUGAUGCACUUGCACAUCACUUAAGAGAGAGGCACCAGGUUAUUCAGACGGUUCACCCAGUGGAGAAAAAGCUUACCUACAAAUGCAUCCACUGCCUUGGCGUGUAUACCAGCAACAUGACCGCCUCGACUAUCACUCUGCAUCUGGUCCACUGCAGGGGUGUUGGAAAGACCCAGAAUGGCCAAGAUAAGACAAAUGCACCCUCUCGGCUUAACCAGUCACCAGGCCUGGCACCUGUGAAGCGCACUUAUGAGCAAAUGGAAUUUCCCUUGCUGAAAAAGCGAAAGUUAGAUGAUGACAGCGAUUCGCCCAGCUUCUUUGAAGAGAAGCCUGAGGAGCCUGUUGUUUUAGCUUUGGACCCCAAGGGUCAUGAAGAUGAUUCCUAUGAAGCCAGGAAAAGCUUCCUAACAAAAUAUUUCAACAAGCAGCCCUAUCCCACCAGGAGAGAAAUUGAGAAGCUGGCGGCCAGUUUAUGGUUGUGGAAGAGUGACAUUGCUUCCCAUUUUAGUAACAAGAGGAAGAAGUGUGUCCGAGACUGUGAAAAGUAUAAGCCUGGUGUGUUACUGGGCUUCAACAUGAAAGAAUUAAACAAAGUUAAGCAUGAGAUGGAUUUUGAUGCUGAGUGGCUAUUUGAAAAUCAUGAUGAGAAGGAUUCCAGAGUCAAUGCUAGUAAAACUGCUGACAAAAAGCUCAACCUUGGGAAGGAAGAUGACAGUUCCUCAGACAGUUUUGAAAAUUUGGAAGAAGAAUCCAAUGGAAGUGAUAGCCCUUUUGACCCUGUUUUUGAAGUUGAGCCUAAAAUCCCUAAUGAUAACCCAGAGGAACACAUACAGAAGGUAAUUUCUGAGGAUGCUUUAGAGUCUGAGAAGCUAGACCAAAAAGAGGAGGAUGGUUCAAAAUAUGAAACUAUUCAUUUGACUGAGGAACCAACCAAACUAAUGCAUGACGCCUCUGAUAGUGAGGUGGACCAAGAUGACGUUGUUGAGUGGAAAGAUGCUGCUUCUCCAUCUGAGAGCGGCCCUGGUUCCCAACAGGUGUCAGACUUCGAGGACAACACAUGCGAGAUGAAAACAGGAACCUGGUCCGAUGAGUCUUCCCAGAGUGAAGAUGCAAGGAGCAGUAAGCCAGCUGCCAAAAAAAAGGCUACCAUGCAAGGUGACAGAGAGCAGUUGAAAUGGAAGAAUAGUUCCUAUGGAAAAGUUGAAGGGUUUUGGUCCAAGGACCAGUCACAAUGGAAGAAUGCAACUGAAAAUGAUGAGCGCUUAUCCAGCCCACAGAUUGAGUGGCAGAAUAGCACAAUUGACAGUGAGGACGGGGAGCAGUUUGACAACAUGACUGAUGGAGUAGCCGAGCCCAUGCACGGCAGCUUGACCGGAGUUAAACUGAGCAGCCAGCAGGCGUAAGGGCCAGCUUCUCUGGCAUUGGUGACAGAUGCUGCAGCCUGGAACUCUGUGCUCCUUUCAGUAUGACUGCAAAGCUGUAUUCUAACUGGUACCGCCUUUUGAGUGCUGGGUCAUCAGGCUGUGGGGACAUGUGGCCACUCCGAUCCACGUGGUUAUUUCUAAGUCUAUGACACAUGAUUGGCUGAUCUUGCUUUAGAACGUGCUGUGACAGGCACAGUAACUAAAUGUGAAAAACCAGUAAGUUGGGGGCUCAUGAACGCACACGAGAAAACGCAGAGGUUUAUUUUAUCUGCCUUCUCAACAUUUCUUUCCCUCUGUAAAAUGUUUGGUUGGAUGUCCUUGAGAAGCCUUCUCUUGAUUCAAACGGUAGUGUAGGGCCAACAUACAAGCUACCAGUCCAAUGUGUAUAGUAGACUUUGGGGAAAUUGAUUUUUUUUUUCAUGUAUUCAUUCUGAAUAGUUGAAAUGUAUAUUUGUACAGUCUUUUAGACCUAUUCAAGUGAUGCUUCUGAUAUUGUUAUUGUGUACCCAUCAUAGAUUUGUUUCUUUUUUUAGUGUUGCCCUUGCUGUGUUAAUAAGCGCUGUAUCUAGUUGACCUAGCAAAAGCCUGAAACUACGCUAGUGUGGACUUCGGGACAGACUUAGUUUUUGCACAUAACCUUGUACAAUCUCGCAACAGAGGCCAGCCACAUAAGAUAUAUAUCUGGACUCUCUUGUAUUAUAGAAUUUUUCUUGUUCUGAAUAUCCUUGACAUUACAGCUGACAAAAACAAAAACUGGUAUUUCAGAUGUUUCCUGAAAUCUUUUAAGCUAAAAUCACAUGCAAGAAUUGACUUUGCAGCUACUAAUUUUGACACCUUUUAGAUCUGUAUGAAAGUGUGUUGUGUUGAAGCAGCAAACCAAUGACUGCUGCCUUUUGGAUAUUUAGUUUUCUCUUUAGUUAAACACCACCCUGGUGUAGUCAUUUAUACCAUCUAAUAUAUGACACACUGUUGUAGUAUGUAUAAUUUUGUGAUCUUUAUUUCCCUUUGUAUUCAUUUUAAGCAUCUAAAUAAAUUGCUGUAUUGUGCUUAAUGUAAAUAUUUGCUUUAUUACACAUUACAGUCCUGUGUGUCCAUUAUGUCUUGUGCCAGUUGAUGCCAUGGCUCUCCUUCAUCAGAGAUGGAGGUACAGCCACUGAGGAAACUUGUGGAAGACCAAGAUUUGCUGCCGUUGGCAUAAAGAAUGCUUUCUCUCAAGGCACCUGUUGCAAAUUCUUUGGUUUGGUUUUUGUCUUUUUCCCUUUUUACUUGCUAAAAUAAACAUCCUCGAGUUUU